AUGUAUUUUUCUGACUGCCAUGACCUUGAGUAUCAUUACGCCGGUGUUCAAAAGUUUAUGGCAAAAUGGUUAUGCAAUUUGGAGAAAGUUUUCAUGGGAGUUGUGUACCAUUUGCUUCCAUUAUUUAUGACUAUGCCGCAGAAGUUUCAAUUUUAAGUGUUCUGGUGAAUCUCUUGCAUUUUUCCAUUCUCACCAGAAAACCAAUGAGAACGUCUUCAAUUAAUAUUUUAAUGGCAGCUGUUGCACUGUUCGAUAUUUUUUCUUCUUUGAUAUAUAUUCAUGUUUUUCUGGAGGAACAUAACUAUCUAUUUUUUACAUGUCAUAUAAGGUACACAUUUGGAACGGCUCUAACCAGAAUUCUGCUUUCCGCAGUCAAAGAUUACUCCAGAAAGUGUUCAACAUGGUUUAUCGUUUUUAUCGCUUUUAUUCGAACAUUAAUUAUUCGAAAUCCAUUAAGCUCAAUUUAUGAGUCACUUGCAAAACCAAGGGUAUCAGCAAUUAUAAUUGCUAUAGUUUGCGCAGCAAGUCUUCCAAUUUCAACAAUUAAAUCUUUUGAAUUUUUAAUUGCUAAAGGACCGUUCCUAAAUAUAUGUGCUGGAAAGAUAUUUUAUUAUUUACUUACCGAGGGUCCCCUCUUCAUGGCUAAUAAUUUACUGUUUGGGAAAUAUUUCUACAUUUUCAAUUCACUGGUGUCAGAUGUUAUUCCUAGUCUGCUGCUCCCAAUCGUUACCUGCUUACUUUUGCAGGGAAUAAGGAGAGCCGGUAAGAUCAGAGCAAGAACAAGCCCCUCAGGUCAGAAUAGUUAUUGGAAAACUACUGGAUUAGUGUUCUGUGUAACUUUCAUGUUUUUCCUUGUUGAAUUUCCUUAUGGACUCAGUAUAGGAUUCCAAUGGGUUUUAAAUGAUGUCUACGGCGUAAAAAAUAUUCUAAGCUAUUGCGGAUAUAUGUUUCCAGUGUUCAUCACCGGCAACAGUUGCACUCAUCUCGUAGUUUGUUUUUUGAUGUCCUCCGAUUAUCGGAGCACUGCUAUUUCUGUUUUCUCGUGUGUGUAUUUCAAUCAGGAAAGAAGGCAUGCGCAAAGGGUUCAGGUCAAUACAUCAUUGCACCCAACAGCAUUACCUCCAGUGAAUUAA